AUGAACAUGGAAGGAAUUAUUGGAUAUGUUUAUCCAACAAAACAGUCUGGUUAUAUUAUAGCAGCUUAUCGUCCUUAUUUAUCAGACAGUUCAAACAAUGACGCAACUAUACAAAAAGAUAUUCUAAUUAAAAACAAGGACGGCAUUUUAAAUUGGAUUGCUGAACAUGAUCUAGCUGUCGUUGAUCGAGGUCUUCUAGAUAGUACCGGAAUGAUGCGAACACCAGGUCUUGAUGUGUGUAUGCCGAAUUUUUUUAAAUGA